CACAGCUUAUGUUCUGUCUCGUCUCUUCUCGUGUGAACUGAAAAAUAAUUUGUCUCUGGAAUCUUAUCACGUCGCGUCUGGUUAGGACACGGUGUAAAGACUUUACAAAAUGUCUGGAGAAGACAAUUACACAGACUAUGAUACUAUCAUUGCAGAAAUUGAAAGCAGGGAGAAGGCAACCAAACAGUACCAACAUGUGAUCAGGAUGAUUUACUUGAUUACAUAUUCUGUUGUCUUGAUCCUCGGUGUCACCCUUAACUUCAUCGUCAUUAUCAUCAGCUGCCUGAAAAACAAGAAAUCGCCAUCAGUUUCCUCUUGGAUUACGGCGUUGGCUUUAACACACUUAGUCUCCAGUGCAUUUAUUGUUUAUCAGCUCCUGUAUGCUUACAAUAACUUUGAUUGGAAUUAUGGAAACGCAAGCUGCAAGCUGUCAUCCUAUAUCACCUAUGGCAGUAUGUUCUCCACAGCAGCCAUGCUGAGUCUCUGGAGCAUUAGUUCUGCUUGUUUAAAAAUUGACUGCUUGAAUCUUUGCAAGAACUGUAACAUCAUUCUGAUUUCAUUAUCCUUGGCUAUUGCAGCAAUCUUGGCAUGUCCUUCACUGUAUUCCAGAGAGGUCCGAUCUUCUCAGUGCAUUGAUGAUUAUGACACGGACGAAUUGAAAACUACUCAAGAGGGCAUUGCCAGGCUGAAGGCAGUCGUUAUCAUGAGAUUUCUCAUUGGGCUUCUUGCGCCAGCUUUGGUAAUGUUUCUCAGCUGUUUGACAUCAGCUCAUAGAAAUUGUAAAGACUGCAAGGAGCAGGCACAGAUCAUCUGUGCUAUAAAGAUUGCCUUUUUUGUGUUCUGGGGCCCUCAGAUCUUCUUAACCAUGCUUCAAGCCACUGUUACCAACAGCCUGGAUCCAAUUAUGUUGAAAUAUGGACUUCCAGUAGCUACUGCACUAGCCACAGCCCACUCUUUAAUCAGCCCGGUCAUCUAUUUGUUAUUCGGAUUUAGUUUUAAAAUGAAGUGGAUGGAACAUGACUCAGAUCAGUGCGAAACUGUGCUUGAUCGAGGGAGACCACUGUUGCCUUGCACCAAUAGCCCCAAAUAAGCCAGGAGGACUGUCUGUGUGGAG